AGAAACGGCCCCCGCGUUCAAAAAACCUAAUCCCAAUCACCGCUCUCUCCGCUCCUCCGCGGCACAUCUUACACCUAAAAUUCCUUCCCCGCCGGCCGCCCGCUUUCUCACCUCACACGUGGCCAAUUACUAUUCGUCCACGUCAUCAAGCUAACGCGCAGGUCCCACUCCACGUUCGUUCUAUUUAUAAAGUCUCCCAGUGCGCCGGAACGCCGUGCACUUUAGCUUCGCGUUUCAAAGAUCUGAUUUUUAAUGGGCUCACCGAUGACGUUUUCGCCGGCGAUGAGGAUGAUCGGAAAUCGGCUGUUCUCCACGGCGGCGAUCUGCCGCCCGGCGGUUUCCGGGUUCGCCAACCACGCCAUUCUCUACGGUUCGUGCAGACCGGCGUUCGGCCGGCGGUUUAUGGGGACCGCCACUGUCUCCGCCGAAGAUUCCGGCGAGGCGGCGAAUUCCUCCGGCGAGAGGAAGGAAGAUAAGAUUGUGGCGAGCUAUUGGGGCGUGGAGCAUAAGAAAAUUGUGAAGGAGGAUGGCACGGAGUGGAAGUGGUCAUGUUUUAGG